ACAACUUUGUUCCCUGGAAACGACUCAUUCAGUGACUGACGAUUUACAGAUUUAACGGCGCUCUUUAUCUCUUUUAAAACUGAGCCGAACCGGUGCUGACCACAGUAAGUCGCCGACGGAGACAGGUUUGUAUUAUUUGGUUCGUCAACCAAUAGACUGCCGGUUGGACUUCAGGCAAACUAACUUCCCUGAGCUAGCGAGUGAGUGAGCGAGCUUUGUUAGCCUGCUAACUAGCUGAGCUGACAGAAAACAAACGGCAGUCUGCUCCUUAGGCUGCUGGAGCAACAACUUCAGCUGAAACACGGGCUGUGACCAUGGAGAGACCGAGCACCUCUAAAGACGGAGCUCAGUGCGCGGAGGAAGCCUCUCAUUCCGUAGGAACCUGGCGGAUAUGAGCACCGAGAAAUGAGACGGCACAUGUUACACCGAGGCAAUAAUUACAAUAACAGUAGUAAUAACAAUAAAAGACUGGGAGGGAUAUCAGAGUGAAGCCGAAACCUUUGUUUUUGAGUGCUGUGAGAGUGUGAGAUCGAAGUGCCUAUGGCGGAGUUAGAGGAGGACGGAAGGCUCCCUCCAGCUCAUUUCGGGCACACCGCCGUGCCCAGCGACGAGGCUGCGGGGAAGACGCAUUGCGAAGUGUCGGUUCUGAAUGGAGACUGUGGGAUUUCGGAGAAUAUGAUGUGCCCAGGCUCCCCGCUCACACCUGGCAGCCAAACCGGAGUAGAAGCCGCCAACACCUCCGUGGGGCCGGAUGCCAAAUCUGACAUACCUCGCCGGAGCAGCAUUAUUAAGGAUGGAAGACAACGAAAAGAAAGAAAGAAGACCGUCUCAUUCAGCAGCAUGCCCACUGAAAAGAAGAUCAGCAGAGUCAGCGACUGCAUCAAUGCCAUGGUGGAUGGCUCUGAGCUGAAAAAAGUGCGAUCCAAUUCACGUGUUUACCACCGCUACUUUCUUCUUGACGCCGACAUGCAAUCAUUGAGGUGGGAGCCAACAAAGAAGGAGUCUGAAAAGGCAAAAAUAGACGUGAAGUCCAUCAAGGAGGUCCGGACAGGCAAGAAUACAGACACUUUUAGAACUAAUGGCACCUAUGACCAGAUAUCAGAGGAUUGUGCUUUUUCAAUCAUCUUUGGGGAGAAUUACGAGUCCCUGGACUUGGUGGCGAACACAGCAGAUGUAGCCAACAUAUGGGUGACUGGUCUGAGGUACCUGAUCUCUUAUGGGAAGCAUACCUUGAACAUGAUCGAGAGCAGCCAGAACAACUUGCGCUCAUCUUGGUUAAGCGACCUCUUUGAUGAAGAUGACGUUAACCACAACAAACAGAUAGCAAUAUAUGCUGCCGUGCAACUAAUAAAGAAACUAAACCCGGGACUUAAAAAUGUGAAAAUAGAACUAAAGUUCAAGGAGCUCCACAAAGCUCAAGAUAAAAGUGGGUCUGAUGUGACAAAAGAAGAGUUUGCUGAAGUUUUUCAUGACCUUUGCACAAGACCAGAGAUUUAUUUUCUUUUUGUUCAGUUUUCCAGUAAUAAGGAGUUUCUUGAUACUAAGGACUUAAUGAUAUUUCUGGAAGCAGAGCAGGGAAUGGCUCAGGUCAGUGAAGACACCAGCUUAAAUGUCAUUCACAAGUAUGAACCAUCCAAAGAGGGCCGGUUAAAGGGAUGGCUCUCUCUUGAUGGGUUCUCUAACUAUCUUAUGUCUGCAGAGUGCCACAUAUUUGACCCUGAGCACAAGUCUGUUUGCCAAGACAUGAACCAGCCUCUGUCCCACUACUACAUCAAUGCAUCCCACAACACGUAUCUGAUAGAGGAUCAAUUCAGAGGUCCUUCAGAUGUGACGGGGUACAUCCGUGCUCUGAAGAUGGGUUGUCGCUGUGUGGAGCUGGAUGUGUGGGACGGGUCUGAUAACGAGCCCGUUAUCUAUACUGGUCACACAAUGACUUCACAGAUUGUUUUCCGCAGCGUCAUAGAUGUCAUCAAUAAGUAUGCCUUUGUUGCCUCUGAGUUUCCUCUGAUUCUGUGUUUGGAAAACCAUUGUUCUGUAAAGCAGCAGAAAGUCAUGUUUCAGCAUCUGAAGAAGAUCCUUGGAGACAGGAUCCACGUAGAUUCUCCAAAACUCGAGGACUGUUACCUCCCAUCUCCAUCUGAGCUGAAGGGAAAGAUCCUGCUGAAGGGCAAGAAGUUAGAUACAAACUGUACUGCUUCAGAAGGAGAAGUGACGGACGAGGACGAGGGGGCAGAGAUGUCUCAGAGGAUGAGCAUCGAGUCCACAGAGCAGCAGACUAAUGCACCCAAAAAGAUCCCGCUGCUUAAGGACCUCUCUGAUCUGGUGACGCUGUGUAAAUCUGUGGAGUUCAAAGACUUUCCAACAUCUUUCCAGAAGCAGAAACCCUGGGAGCUCUGCUCUUUCAAUGAGGUGUUUGCCACUCGCUGUGCGUGUGAUUUCCCUGGGGACUUUGUCAACUAUAAUAAGAAGUUUCUUGCAAGAGUUUACCCGAGCCCAAUGCGGAUCGACUCUAGCAACAUGAAUCCACAAGAUUUCUGGAAGUGCGGCUGCCAGAUUGUAGCCAUGAACUACCAGACUCCUGGGCUAAUGAUGGAUUUGAACAUCGGUUGGUUCCGUCAGAAUGGUAACAGUGGCUAUGUUCUCCGACCGGCCAUCAUGAGGGAGCAGGUCUCAUAUUUCAGUGCCAACACAAAAGAUUCAGUGCCUGGGGUUUCUCCACAGCUCUUGCACAUCAAGAUAAUCAGCGGACAAAAUUUCCCCAAACCCAAAGGCUCCGGUGCUAAAGGAGACGUGGUGGACCCAUACGUGUACGUGGAAAUACACGGCAUUCCUGCAGACUGUGCAGAACAGAGGACUAAAACAGUCCACCAAAAUGGGGACAACCCGUUGUUUGAUGAGAGCUUUGAGUUUCAGAUAAACCUUCCUGAGCUCGCAAUGGUGCGCUUUGUGGUUCUAGACGAUGAUUAUAUUGGAGACGAGUUUAUUGGCCAGUAUACGAUCCCCUUUGAGUGUCUCCAGCCUGGUUUUCGCCACAUACCGCUACAGUCUCUGACAGGAGAGUUGCUGCCUCAUACUUUGCUUUUUGUCCAUGUUGCCAUAACCAAUCGAAGAGGUGGAGGAAAGCCACACAAAAGGGGAUUGUCAGUAAGGAAAGGCAAGAAAAGCAGAGAGUACGCUAGUAUGAGAGUGCUGCAGAUCAAGGCUGUCGAUGAGGUCUUUAAAACAGCCCUGCUGCCACUCAGAGAGGCCACUGACCUCCGAGAAAACAUGCAGAAUGCCAUAGUGUCCUUUAAGGAGCUCUGCGGCCUUUCAGCUGUGGCCAACCUGAAACAGUGCAUCUUGGCCCUUUCCCCUCGGCUGACAGGACCCGACAACAUCCCGCUCCUGGUGUUUAACCUCUCUGACCCGUACCCUAACCUGGAGCUCCAAGGCCUGCUCCCAGAGGUCCUGAAAAAGGUCGUCAUCAGCUACGAUAUGAUGAUCCAGACCAGCAAGACCCUGCUGGAGAGCUCUGACGGCGUGUAUGAGAGGAUUUUGCAAACUCAGAAAGCAGCGAUGGAAUUUCAUGAAAACCUGCAUGAUCUGGCUGUGAAGGAAGGGUUGAAGGGCAGGAAGCUGCACAAGGCGGUGGAAAGCUUCACAUGGAACAUCACCAUACUGAAGGGUCAAGCCGACUUACUAAAACAUGCCAGAAGUGAAGUCCAGGAAAACCUCAAGCAGAUCCACUACUCAGCACUCACCUGCAACCUGAGCAAAGGAGGAACAGCGGGCGGCUCCUCCGGCUCCACGGACUCCAAGAGCCGACGCAGCUUGGAGGCCAUUCCUGAAAAAGCCACGGGGGAGGAGGAGCUGACGGAUGAGGAAAACUGAAGACUUCCUGUCGUUCUCCUUCAGCCACAUCUACUCUCUUCUUUCUGCAUCUCCAAGCCUGGAGUUCCUCUGUCCAUCUUCACCCAGGUGCUGUCACUCUUCACCCUCCAUCAUGGACAUUCCUCAACCUAAAGCACAGUUAAAACUCCUUAGACCAAUAGAAUCAUACGGAUCAUGUCUUUGUUUCAAACAAGAGAUUUAGAAAACACAGGAAAAGGUUUUGCUACCCUUCAACUUUCCUAGACAUCCAAGUGAAACUAUCUGCUUCAUGAUUUUCCUGUUUCCUCUCCUGGAUGAGUCAGGAGUGAACCAGCGGCCCUCAGACUGUUCCAGACUUUAAACACAAGCACUUCUACUUAGCGGACCAGAGGACACAAAGAAGGUCUUGGAUUGUUGCAAGGAUUUUUUUUUUAAAAGCACAAUUUUCCUGAGCUGUGAAUGUAACUGGGACUGAAGAGUGGGAACAAAAAUGUUCAGAAUGAGAGUAAAGAGCUGUUUACAAUUCUGGACUUGUUCAUGUUCUCGUUUGCCAAAACAGUAGUAAACUAUGUGCAUAUACAGAGUUUCCUGUCAGCUUUUUUUCUGCAGAGUGCAUCAUUUUAUUAUUGUAUACUUGGAAAUAUGAGAGUUAUUUUAUAAAAGUUAUACGAACACAAGUGUGGAGAAAAAGUUUUGUUUGUGGACAAAACUUCCAACAUGAGGAGGCAGAAGGACGUGAGAGACAGAGAGAGAAUGUAUCCAUGUUGUUGUCCAGUCUCUCUACUCUGAACCAGCAGCUGCAUGAAAGGAUGUUGACACGUUUUUGUUCGUUCUUUGUUUAGAUGUGCUUCUAUUUCAGGGCAAGUUUUUACCAAAGUUCACUUUAUGUUGGAGCUGAAAGUUUAUUUUAAACCCAAAACUAAACCAGUUCAACUUAUUUAGAAAGAUGUAAACACGACAAAUCAAAUGUUGCUGGUAGUAAUCUGCAGAUAGCCACGGUUUAUUAGCCUUAUUUAGAUUUUGAGAACAUUUUACAGAAAAACGGUUUGUUGGAUGAAUGGACGACACGCUUUGAAGGAAACGACCUUAUUAACUUAAUGUUUAAUUAUACAGAUUAUUAACUGAAAGCCUUCUGCACAUUACUUUCUGUAUCUAUGGUAGUGGCCAUAUACUUUAAGUGAACACAAUUUUAUUUAACAAACCUGCUAACAGUGUUAGAAUGGCCUUUUAUUGGGAUAUUAAUAUCCUUUUUUAAAUUAUGGUUAAACAAUACUAAGUGAAUAUUGUUUCAUAAACAUUUACAUUUUUGGAAACAGAACAGUACAAAAUGAUGGCAUUUUUAAAGAAGGUCUUUUUUGUAGAUUUUAUUUUUUAAAUAGGGAUUGUGAGAAGUACUAAUUAGUGAUCAGUAUCUUACUGCAGUAAAACUUAUUUAUACCCUUAAGCCCUCAAAUUUAAACCUCAAUCGGUGAUUUUAAUCAUUAGCUAAAGUUUUUACUGCAUCGUCUCAUUCUUGCAUAAGACGGUUGUCAAAGUGUUUUUCUUAAAUUAUUUUGCUGUUCUCUCAGAAAAAACAAACAAAAUGCCUCUGAAUAAUUAUACAUGAGGAUGAUUCACAGUAUUUUCUGGAACAUUCUUUACACUUAAUAAAAGUUAGACAAACCAUCUAGGCUACACGUGCAUUUAUUUGAAAAAAGAUUAGCAGUACUGCUAAUAAUAUUAGCAUUAGAACCUAAUCUUAUCCCAGAGCUUCAACAUUAGGAUGCAGUUAAACACAUUCGACAGGACGCUUCUGGCUUCUUGAACAGUUUUCUUGGACUAACUUUGAAAAAGUUACGACCACUUUGUUUUUAUGUAUACUUCUCUGAAGCAUUCAAACAGUGUUUGCCUCAACGAAGCCGCAUUCAGAGGUUCUACUUGGUCACGGUUCAGGACAAACGUUUAGAUCAGGGAUGGCCAAUUGGUUUUCCACUGGAAGCCACAUGGUUGUUUGUCUCCUAUUGAUUGGUUAAAAUCCUUUUUUCAAAAAUAUAUUUGGUAAUAUGAGAUGUACAGUAUUUAGCUGUUGUAGCAUACUGCAUCCAUAAUCAGGGAUGAGAUUUGCUUCCAAGAAACAAAAAUAUCAUGACCACAUUAUUUUGUUAACGGUCUUAUCACCACUGGCCAACUGGUAUAGAAGUAAUUUCAACCUAUUUACUAACCUACUUUUGUAUUUAUUAAUUAAACUAUAAAGCUUAGAAAUACGAAGAAGAAUGUAAAUCAUCUGCAUGUCCAACAGAACAAUAGUUGAGCGUUUGUCCAGGGCCAAAAAAUGCUGAUUCCAAUAUUGAAAUUACAUUUCUGCAUGUUUGGUUCUUGCCUUGGCACAUUGUCUACAAGAAUCUCCUGGUGAUUUUCAGUGCCUAAAACAGUCCAAAACGUUUUUUUAAUGAUGGAAUACUCAUCAGGAAAUAUGUGUUUGACUAAUUCUUCAACAAAACGAGGCUCCACAGAAACAUUGUUUUCCCUUCUCGCAGCAGUUUUGCAGAUGUAUUUUAAAGAUAAAUUAAAAGUAAAUGUCUUAAUAAGACAAUCAUGUUUUGUCUUGUGGAAACUUUAAUGCUGGGCUAAUAAAUAAGAAAUACAAGCCUAUUUAUUGUAUAAAUAGGCUUGUAAAUAAUUCAGUAAAAAAUACCAAAAUAUCUUAAUUCAGAAUACCCUUAAACAUGUUAUAUUUACCCAUUUAAUACUGACUAUUGGUACUGUAAAUUAACUUCUAAUAACUAAUGGAGAAAUAAUUUUUAUGUUCAGUUCUACAAAAACUUUAGUAAGAAAAAAACAUUGUUUGAUGAAGGCAUCAGCCAGAUUAUGUCUCAGACCAAAGAUUAAAUACAAAGCUUGAUUUUAGUCGUUUCUGAAGCUGAGCUCAAGGCCACCAAGCUAAGUUUUAAAAACUGAUGUUGGAUAAGCUAUCGUAGAGCCAUCCGUCACACAAUCUGAAUAUUGUGUUAAUAUUAUCAAAAGUAUCAUUUUGCUUCUAUAUCAAAUCAGACUAAGCGAGUUUUGAACCGGCAUCAGCGUUCAUGACAAAUUAUAAUGGAGUCUUUUGUAUUAUAAUUGGAAAAAACAUCCUUGGUAUUAAUCCCAUGAUGCUGAUAUGUUCUUCCCUCAAUACGCGCCAACGUUACCAUGACGAUCCCAACCUAUGAAACAAAUCUCAUCUCAAAUAACAAUACACUGAUAAUAAACCCCCACAAACCUCGCCAUACAGCGUUCCUUUAACCCUCGGCAAACUGUUAUGCUCCAUCACUGAUCAUUUAAAGCCCAAUUUGUUCAUUUUUUUUGUUUUUGACCGAGAAAGCUUUGACUAGCUUUGCUCUUUUGUAGUAAAUUUGUUGAGUUUGUUUAAAUCAAAUGUUAAAAAAAUGGCAUUUUAUAAUUACAUUUUCUCUAGUUUUAUUUUUUCCUACGUCGGUGAACAUGCAGGAGCUGAAACAGCAACAAACCCAGUUUAACUUAUUAGCUUUAAAACAAAGACAUCAUUGGUAACCUAUCUUUUGUCAUUAUUUAAUACUUUUUUAUUGAGCACAUUUCAGUCAAUGCUAAAUCUUAAAACAACUCAUUUUCUUUAAACUUAUUUGCAUUUAUUAUGUUACUUUGUUGCAGUGCUUAUUUUUUAUUCUAAUAUUUGAUAUUUAAAUGAUAUCUAAUUAGAAAAAUGCCAUCGAAAUAAAUGUGUGAAGAAUGCUAGUCAAGUUGAAGCUAAUAAAAAUGUUUGUUUAAUAAACUGAUUAUUACAGCUUCUGUUUAAUUUAGUUUUUACUGGAAUUUUUCCCAAGGCGAAAACUGAUUACACUCAAUUCAAAGUUAUUAUUUUCAUGAUGGAGAAAAUCCCAAAAUGCUGUCUCCACUUUGACUAAACCGUCUUGCAGUGAGCUAAAGUGACCAAAAGAAAAGAAAAUUAAAACCCCAUCACUUUGUUUCUGUGUCUGUUUCACUUUUAAGACUAAACAAAUCUGCCAGCAACAAUAAAAUUGAGCAGAGAGCAAAAUAAAACUUGCAGCACUUUUCAGCUCUAAAUGCUUUGUUUGGAGUAGUUUUGUUUCCCUCCUUUUUGUUCAUAGUUGUGCUUUUUGUUCCCAAAUGUUGUCCACACUUCCUGGUGUUUCCAGCGAGCCGUCUCUGAACAUCAGUGCUGUGCCAGAGUUCGUAAUAAUAAAUGUCAAAACAAACAAUUCAAAUGUAUUUCAAGUCUAAUCUGUCAAGUUUUAAAUAACAACCUCUGAAUAAACAGUGUUGGAUAA